AUGAAUAGAACUGCGACGAUCACUGCACUUAUCUACACGACCUACCGGGAUAGACACGCUUCGCGCCACUUAUAUCGCACGGCCAUGCCUCUCAGUGUCGGUAUCGGAGAUGUCAUAGCGGUCGGCAAACUCAUCAAGGAUAUCACUGACUGUCUGCGAUCUGCUGGUGGAGCAAAAUCGGAAUACCAGGAACUCAUCAAGGAGCUUGAGGCGCUCAAAACUGCCCUAGAUGGUCUGGACCAACUCGACAGCAGCGCAGCCCCCUCAGCACUUCUUGACACAAUCAAGUUUGUCGCGGCGGACUGUCGCCAUCGACUUGAGGAGUUCUGGGCGAAGAUCAAGAAAUACGAUUCGUCCCUAGGCCCCGCAAGUCGAUCCAACGCUCUGAGAGGUACCAUGGAUAAGCUCGGCUGGACGUUCUGCCGGAAAGAGGAAGUUGUGCAACUUCAGAGAAACCUCCAGUUCUACAGCAGUGUCAUCAACAUGCACCUAAUACGGCAUGUCGCUGGUCAAGUUCAAGAUAUGAGGAAGAAUACUGAUGCAGUCUGUACGCAGAUCGCUGAGCGAAUCCGUGACACACAAGAUACUCUCACAGACAUUGGCGAUAAUGUAUCUAGCCAAGGAGCUGUAGCGAGUAACAUCCAGACACUGGUCACUGGGCUGCAUCAGUUCGUAUUCGGCGAGGUCAGAUCAUUCCUGGCCGACUUCGGGCAGUUGGUGAACAAAGUCUUGUAUUGUACACAAGCGGAGCUGCCAAGUAACCAGCCACCACGCAGUGCCUCGACCCAGCAAAUAUACGCCGUUGUUCUCGAAAUUCGAGAUUUGGGAAGAGCUGUGAAUACCGACUGGACUUAUUUUCAAGACCCAUUCGUCGUUGAAGAUCCCUUUGGUCGCAAGUUCCCAGUCCCGUCGGAGUUUGACUACGAUAUGCUGGACACGAUCGUUCGGCGGAGAUUUCAACCCGGUGUUGGCUCGCAAGAUGUUGCUCAGGGUAACUACGAAUAUUGCAAAGCGAAUACAAGUUCUAUUUGUGACGUGCGGUUUGAUCAAAGCACAAAGAAAAGAAACGAGGAAUGCGGAGAGCACAGCGCAUCUCGUAUGGCGAUGGAGACUUAUCUCAAGGAGUAUACAGGCGGAAUAGAUUUUGGGGACUUGAAACAACGGAUCAUCAGCUGCCGCAGCAGAGAAGAGCUGGAAUCGCUGAGAAACGUGAAGGUCACAUCGCAAGAAAUCGCAUUCAUGGCCAACCACAGGGCGAUGCAAGAGAUGAGCCGUCUCGAGGACCUGCAACUGCAGCGCGAGCUCAAGCAGAGCGUCCUUGAAUACAUCAUCGACUUGUACCAACCAGCCUACCCCAACAACCAUGGCUUCUCCAUCCUCAUCUGCCGCCACGUAUUUGACCGCUCCUCUUCCAUCCCCGCUGCUGCCGCCUUAGGCCGCCGCAACGAUAGAGCAGACGAGUUCAUCAUGAUACGCGCGGUUACACUCAGCGAGCCCGGAACGAAGAAGUGGACGCUCGUGGCUGAGAGCAGCAGGGCGUGCUUCGGUAUCGUACCUGCGUUGCAAGAAUUCUCGAAAGACUUGGAGCGCCAGAUGGGCAACAUGACGGCCUCGAUGACUGUAGGAAACAAGAGGCAGCGCAGUGACAAGGACGAGGGCUCGAACGAUCAAGGUGAGUACAUCUCAGGUUAUCAGCGCAAGAGGCAGAGAUAG